AUGUCGGAAGCCCCAGGGAUGGACGCGGCAGCUCUGUCUGCUCGAAGCGGAAAAUACACAGUGUCACCGGUCGGCAGUGAAAAAGAGAGUAAAUUUCAUUUUGAUGGCGGUGAUAAGUACUAUUACAAUGGCGAUGUGAACAGUGUGGCCUCCACCCGGUCGGAAGCAUUCUCUGGAUACAACACGCUGGACACUCCACCAAACUAUCAGUUCUACAGUAACACCGAAGUGCACGGCAGGUCCCGCAAGGCGAGACCUUCUCUCUUCCAGCUUCACUCCAUCCUUCAGGAGGAUGGGUUAGCACCUCCACUGUACGAGGAGGCCAAUGGCAUACCCCAUGGGGACAGCUCGGAGGAUGAGGAGGAAACGGAGCCGCCAGUUGAGCCGACCCGGUUUGGGUGGGUGCAAGGGGUUAUGGUCCGAUGCAUGCUCAACAUCUGGGGCGUGAUCCUCUAUCUACGGCUGCCCUGGAUCACCGCGCAGGCAGGAAUAGGACUUACCUGGAUCAUCAUUCUACUCUCCUCCUGCAUCACUGGCAUCACAGGCUUGUCCACCUCUGCCAUUGCCACCAAUGGCAAGGUCAAAGGAGGCGGCACAUACUUCCUAAUCUCUCGCAGCUUGGGCCCUGAGCUUGGUGGCUCCAUUGGGCUCAUUUUUGCCUUUGCCAAUGCAGUGGCUGUAGCCAUGCACACAGUGGGUUUCGCUGAGACCGUCCAAGUACUCAUGCAAGAGAAUGGCGCGAUGAUGGUUGACCGCCUUAACGACAUCCGCAUCAUCGGGGUGAUCACGGUCACCUGCCUUCUGGCCAUCUCACUGGCUGGCAUGGAAUGGGAGUCCAAGGCCCAAGUCCUCUUCUUCCUGGUUAUCAUGGUCUCCUUUGCUAGCUACAUUGUGGGCACCAUCAUCCCAGCCACACCCCAGAAGCAAUCCAAGGGUUUCUUCAGUUACAAAGCUGACAUUUUUGCCGCCAACUUCGUACCUGGAUGGCGAGGAGCAGAAGGCAGCUUCUUCAGCAUGUUCUCCAUCUUCUUCCCCUCAGCCACAGGCAUUCUGGCUGGUGCCAACAUCUCCGGAGACCUUAAGGACCCGGCUGUUGCUAUUCCUAGAGGAACCCUCUUGGCAAUUUUCUGGACAACAAUGUCUUACCUCAUCAUCUGUGUUACCAUUGGGUCUUGUGUUGUCCGUGACGCAUCGGGGAACUUAAAUGACAGUUUAGCCAUCUCCAAUUCUACCAGCUGCGUAGGAUUAGCAUGCCGCUAUGACUGGGAUUUCAGCGAAUGCAUCAACAACAGGACCUGCACCUAUGGCAUCAUUAACUAUUACCAGAGCAUGAGCAUGGUAUCAGCCUUUGGGCCCCUCAUCACUGCUGGCAUCUUUGGAGCCACUCUGUCCUCGGCCCUCGCUUGCCUUGUCUCGGCCCCCAAAGUCUUCCAGUGCCUCUGCAAAGACAACCUGUAUCCAGGAAUUGGCUUCUUUGGGAAAGGAUAUGGGAAGAACGAUGAGCCAAUCAGAGGCUACCUGCUGGCUUACAUCAUCGCCGUCUGCUUCAUUCUCAUUGCUGAGCUGAACACCAUUGCUCCGAUCAUUUCCAACUUCUUCCUGUGCUCCUACGCCCUCAUCAACUUCAGCUGCUUCCACGCCUCUGUCACAAACUCCCCAGGCUGGCGUCCGUCCUUCCGCUACUACAGCAAGUGGACAUCGCUGGUGGGCGCCAUAGUGUCCGUGGUCAUCAUGUUCUUGCUGACCUGGUGGGCAGCACUCAUUGCCAUCGGCAUCAUUCUCUUCCUGCUGGCGUAUGUGCUGUACAAAAAACCCAAUGUGAACUGGGGUUCUUCAGUGCAGGCCAGUUCUUAUAACAUGGCGCUGUCUCACUCAGUGGGCCUCAACCACAUUGAAGACCACAUUAAGAACUACAGGCCACAGUGCCUGGUCCUCAGUGGCCCACCCAGCUCCAGGCCUGCCAUGGUGGACUUUGUCAGCACCUUCACCAAGAACCUGAGCCUGAUGAUGUGCGGGAACGUGGUCACUGGCGGCCCCUCUACCGCAGCCACAGAGGCAGCAUGCAGCAGUAGUCAUGUGACGUGGCUGAACAAACGGCAGGUCAAGUCUUUUUACCGCGGUGUGGUCGCAGAUGACCUGCGCUCAGGAGUGCAGAUGCUCCUGCAGGCAACAGGGUUGGGUCGGAUCAAGCCCAACGUGCUGGUGCUGGGGUUCAAAAAGAACUGGCGGAAGGACCGGCCAUGCUGUCUGGAGAAUUAUAUUGGCAUUAUACAUGAUGCCUUUGACCUGCAGUUCGGGGUGUGUAUCUUGCGCAUGAAAGAGGGCCUGGACAUGUCUUCAACCAUGCAAACGCAUGUGAACCCUGGGUUUGAGAUGAGCAUUGAGCAGGGCCAUAGCAACGGAGGCCUGUCGAUGCCCCAAGAAGGGAAAACACUGGACACCGACAUCUCAGACACCAUACCCCAGCUCCGUACCGUGUUCCAAUCCAGGCAAGGAAAGAAGACCAUUGACGUGUACUGGCUCUCCGAUGAUGGAGGCCUCACACUGCUUCUCCCGUACCUCCUGACCCGGAAGAAGCGCUGGGGGAGGUGUAAGGUGCGAGUAUUUGUCGGGGGCGACAUCCAGCAGAUGGAUGAGCAGAAGAAGGAGAUGCUGGCCCUCUUGAACAAGUUCCGUCUUGGUUUCCAUGAAGUCCAGGUGCUCACUGACAUUAAUGAGAAACCACGGCCUGAACAUGUAAAGAGGUUCGAGGAGCUAUUGGCACCUUACAAGCUGAGCGCCAAGCACAAGGACGAGCAAUCAGACGGCUUGCUCAGCGAGAGCUGCCCCUGGACGGUAUCUGAUGAGGACUUGGAGAGAAACAAGGCCAAGUCCCUUCGACAGAUCCGUCUGAAUGAAAUUUUACUGGAUUACUCCAGAGAUGCAGCACUGAUUAUAACAACUAUGCCUGUGGGACGGAGGGGGGCGUGUCCCAGCGCCCUCUACAUGGCCUGGCUGGACAUCCUGUCUUGUGACCUCCGACCCCCUGUCCUGCUGGUCAGAGGAAACCAGGAGAAUGUACUUACUUUCUACUGCCAGUAGCCCAUGUCUGCUCAGUUUUUCUUCUGUCUGUUGAUUUUAGUGUGAGAAAUGUUUAGCACUUUGAG